AUGAACAAGCUGUAUAUUGGAAACCUCAACGAGAACGUGACUCCGGCGGAUCUGGAGAAAGUCUUCAACGACCACAAAAUAUCCUUCUCUGGCCAGUUCUUGGUGAAGUCUGGCUACGCCUUUGUCGACUGCCCAGAUGAGCAAUGGGCUAUGAAAGCCAUCGAAACUUUUUCUGGCAAAGUGGAGUUGCAUGGGAAACAACUCGAGAUUGAACACUCAGUCCCUAAAAAACAAAGGAGCCGUAAAAUUCAGAUAAGAAAUAUCCCCCCUCAGCUUCGAUGGGAGGUCUUGGAUGGUUUGCUAGCUCAAUAUGGUACUGUGGAAAACUGUGAACAAGUGAACACAGACAGCGAGACAGCAGUUGUUAAUGUCACCUACUCUAACAGGGAACAGACCAGACAAGCUAUCAUGAAACUUAAUGGACAUCAACUGGAAAACCAUGCGUUGAAGGUCUCGUACAUACCUGAUGAACAGAUUGUACAGGGUGCAGAGAACGGACGUCGAGGUGGUUUUGGAACACGGGGUGCUCCACGGCAAGGUUCUCCUGUGGCUUCAGGAGCUCCAGUGAAACAGCAACCAGUAGAUAUCCCCCUUCGGCUUCUUGUUCCUACCCAGUAUGUGGGAGCCAUUAUUGGCAAAGAAGGUGCCACCAUCCGCAACAUAACCAAACAGACACAGUCCAAAAUUGAUGUGCAUCGGAAGGAAAAUGCGGGAGCAGCUGAGAAAGCAAUAAGCAUCCAUUCAACUCCAGAAGGCUGUUCUGCUGCUUGCAAGAUGAUCUUGGAAAUCAUGCAGAAAGAGGCAAAAGAUACCAAGACUGCUGAUGAAGUACCUCUGAAAAUCCUAGCCCACAACAACUUUGUGGGACGACUGAUUGGAAAGGAGGGCCGCAACCUAAAGAAAGUGGAACAGGACACAGAGACAAAGAUUACCAUCUCCUCCCUUCAGGAUUUGACAUUAUACAACCCUGAAAGGACUAUCACUGUAAAAGGCUCCAUCGAGAAUUGCUGCAGAGCAGAGCAAGAAAUUAUGAAGAAAGUGAGGGAGGCAUAUGAGAAUGAUGUAGCAGCCAUGAGUCUACAGUCACACUUGAUACCUGGUCUCAACCUAGCUGCUGUUGGUCUCUUUCCUGCCUCUUCCAAUGCAGUGCCGCCGCCUCCAAGUAGUGUUUCUGGAGCAGCUCCAUAUAAUUCUUUUUUGUCACUUAACAAAAAAGAGGCAAUUUAUCUCGGUGGAAUGUUUGGCUCCUCACCUCCUGAGCAAGAGACCGUACAUGUUUUCAUCCCUGCCCAGGCUGUAGGCGCAAUCAUUGGCAAGAAGGGUCAGCACAUCAAACAACUCUCCAGAUUCGCAAGUGCCUCAAUCAAGAUUGCUCCUCCUGAGACUCCAGAUUCCAAAGUGCGAAUGGUGAUAAUCACUGGACCACCAGAAGCCCAGUUUAAGGCUCAAGGACGAAUUUAUGGAAAGCUGAAAGAGGAGAACUUUUUUGGGCCCAAAGAAGAAGUGAAACUUGAGACGCACAUCCGAGUCCCUGCCUCAGCAGCAGGAAGAGUCAUUGGCAAAGGAGGCAAAACAGUCAACGAACUUCAGAACCUGACAGCAGCUGAGGUAGUUGUUCCCCGGGAUCAAACCCCUGAUGAGAAUGAGCAAGUCAUUGUCAAAAUCAUCGGACAUUUCUAUGCUAGCCAGAUGGCUCAACGCAAAAUACGUGAUAUCCUUGCUCAGGUGAAACAACAGCAUCAAAAGGGACAGAACAACCAGACACAAGCACGAAGGAAAUAGGAAAUGACUUGUACCCGGGUGUGUGAAAGAAGAGAGAGAGAGAUGGACAAAUGGAUGAACAACAAUGACAAUGGAUGAAACAAAGCCAAGCAGAAAAGAAUGAUGAUCUAUUUCAGAACCCUAAGAGUGGCUGGGAUUCAGUUUACCGUAGGCAGGUCUUAGUAAUUUUUUGGAGAUGGG